CCGUGGCGUAGAGCCGGGUGGACGCGGCGGUAGCGGCGGGCGUAGCGGCGGGCGUUGCGACUGACUGCGCGGGUUGUCUGCAGGACUCGCUUCCCUGGCCGCCCUCGCCGUGCUGGCUGAUUGUUGUGCGGCCGGCGCCAUGUCUGUGAGCGAGAUCUUCGUGGAGCUGCAGGGCUUUUUGGCUGCCGAGCAGGACAUCCGAGAGGAAAUUCGUAAAGUUGUACAGAGUUUAGAACAAACAGCUCGAGAGAUUUUAACUCUUCUGCAAGGGGUCCAUCAGGGUGCUGGGUUUCAGGACAUUCCAAAGAGGUGUUUGAAAGCUCGAGAACAUUUUGGUACAGUAAAAACACAUCUAACGUCUCUGAAGACCAAGUUCCCUGCUGAACAGUAUUACAGAUUUCAUGAGCACUGGAGGUUCGUGUUGCAGCGCUUGGUCUUCUUGGCAGCAUUUGUUGUGUAUUUGGAAACAGAAACACUAGUGACUCGGGAAGCAGUUACAGAAAUUCUUGGCAUUGAGCCAGAUCGGGAAAAAGGAUUUCACCUGGAUGUAGAAGAUUAUCUCUCAGGAGUUUUAAUUCUUGCUAGCGAACUGUCUAGGCUGUCUGUCAACAGUGUGACUGCUGGAGACUACUCCCGGCCCCUGCACAUCUCCACCUUUAUCAAUGAAUUGGAUUCUGGUUUCCGUCUUCUCAACCUGAAAAACGACUCCCUGAGGAAGCGCUACGAUGGCUUGAAGUAUGAUGUGAAGAAAGUAGAGGAGGUGGUCUAUGAUCUCUCCAUCCGGGGCUUCAAUAAGGAGACAGCAGCGGCUUGUGUUGAAAAAUAGGUGGCUCUCCCUGCUUCUGGCCUAGCUGACUUCAGCAGUUGCCAGGGAUGGCUGAGCACAUAGUGCCUCUUACCGUAGUUAGGAUACCCAGUUGCUAAACACUGCGCUUUAUUUUCUUAACCAGUUGUGUGGUGUGAGUAUCAGAAUUGAAACACUUUUUUGGGGAUUAAAAAAAAUAGCCUUUACAUGGACAGAUUUUUCUUUGUUGUUUCAGUAAAUUUGCUCUGUAAUUCGUUAUAUUUCAGUUCUGUCAAAAAGUGUAAAUGUCAGUCUCUUGGUAAAGUCCUUUUCUUCCUUACCCUGACUGUGGAUGUACUGAUUGAGAAGUUCAUUGUCUCGUUUGUGAUUCUUCCAGAAGUGACUCGAUAUUUUCUAUAUCUAAGUUAGCCAUCCAUUUCCAGGUGUAGCCUGGAUAUAGUAUAAAAAUAGAUAAUUAAAAAGGAUGGUUGGCAAGCAAGAACUUAUUUUCUCUUUCUUAUUUUAAGCCUGUGAGUAAAUGAGAUGUUAAAUUUUUUGCCAAGGGAAUUAAAGCCCUGGGUUCUCUUUCACUGCCAUCAGAAUAUAAAAGAUUAAACAGCAAAGUCAAACUCAA